UCUGGGCGGGGCGGGGGAGGGGACUCGAUGAUGCCAAGGCGGCCUCGACUUCCUUCUUCCACCCGGAAGCGCGGCUUCCCUUCAGUUCCUCCCUCUCUCGGUUUCCCUGGGCUUCCCACGACGGUUGAGGCCCCAGCCAUGGGAGACAGGCCCAAGCAGCGGACGAAGGGCAACGUGAGGCCCUCUAGUAGUGGUAGAGCAGCAGAACUUCUUGCCAAAGAGCGAGGAACUGUUCCAGGGUUCAUUGGCUUCGGGACAUCUUCCAGCGAUCCAGGAUAUGUUCCUGCAAUUCAAGGAGCUGAAGAAAUAGAUAGCUUAGUAGAUGCAGAUUUUCGAAUGGUGCUCAGGAAACUUUCCAAAAGAGAUGUUAUUACCAAAUUAAAGGCUAUGCAGGAAUUCGGGACAAUGUGUAAGGAGAGAGAAGCAGAGGUUGUUAAAGGAGUUCUACCAUAUUGGCCUAGAAUUUAUUGUAAAAUAUCCGUUGAUCAUGACCGCCGGGUCCGAGAAGCCACACAAGAAGCUUUUGAGCAGCUUAUUCUGAAAGUUAAGAAACAUUUGGCACCUCAUUUAAAGAGUCUUAUGGGGCACUGGCUGAUAGCGCAGUGCGAUACUUACUCUCCUGCAGCAUCUGCAGCAAAAGUAGCAUUUGAAAAAGCCUUUCCACCAAGUAAACAGCCAGAAGCUUUAGUGUUUUGUAAAGAUGAAAUUCUAACUGUGCUACAAGAUCAUCUUUUGAAAGAAACACCUGAUACAUUAAGUGAUCUUCAAACUGUGCCACAAGAAGAAAGGGAGGCAAAAUUCUUUCGAAUUCUAACCUGUUCUUUGCUAGCUUUAAAGAAAUUGCUUUGCACAUUGCCCAGUCAUGAGAAUAAGUUAUUUGAGGAGAAACUUAAGCCUUUAUUGUCUCAAAACAAAUUUUGGAAAUAUGGGAAGCACAACAUGCCACAGGUUCGUUCAGCUUUUUUUGAGCUGAUUUCUGCUUUUUGUUUGCACAUUCCUGAGUCAAUGAAUGCUGAAGCAUCCAGACUUUGCCUGGCAGUUCUUCUUAGCAUCGAUGACAAUGAUGCUGUUGUAUGCCCCGCUCUUUGGGAAGCUGUACUCCAUGUUCUUACUACCAUUGAGGAUUGCUGGAGUCAUGUGAAUGCAAAAAAGGGAGUCCUGCCGAAAUUGUGGACUGUGCUACGAGAAGGAGGACGAGGGCUUGCUACUGUUAUAUAUCCGAAUCUCUUGCCAUUUAUUAGCAAGAUACCACAUGGUAUUAUAGAACCAAAGCUGGACUAUUUUAGAACAUUUUUCACCUCUGUAUCUCAAGGGUUAUUAACUGAAAGAGCUAUGGCUUGCCACUCAGAAUGUUCAGCAAUCAUAUCCGCAUUUAUGGAAUGUUUACGAUUUACAGUACUACAGAAUGUAGGGAACGAAAAAGAACAAAUUGAAAUCCAAGAAAUGCUUAUAAGUGAACAGUUAAUUCCCCUCAUCGAUAUGGUGAUUAAAGAGCCAAGGUUACAAAAUGGACCUUUGUUUUAUGAGGUAGCAGAAGUUUUAUAUUUUUGGAAAACAAGAGCAGAGAUGGCAAGUGGUGACCUAGCAGCUCUCACUUACCAGAGGAUGAUGCUGAGCUUUUGGGAUGGCUUUUCAAGCAUCUGUGUGGGAUAUGUUGAUGUCAUGGAUGCAGAUGAGAAAUCUUUGGCUGCUAUGUCUUCUUUGCUACAAAUACUCCAGAAUCCAGAAAGCAAGAUGAAACCAAACAAGAAAAAAGCUGUGAAGGUCAGAUUUGCAGAAGACACUCAGCCUGAAAGUAACACUGAACAUGAAAAUUAUGUUGAUUUGAGAAGUAACAAUGAACCCAGCAUUCCUACUCCUGGAAUUCAUGAGCAAAAUCUUUCCUCUUUACAGAAGGAGCCUUUAGAAGAUUUAGUUUGUAAAGUUGCUGAACUGAGUCUUGUGUAUGCUAAUGAACAGAAGUCUGAUAGACACUUAAAGUUCCUUUCUGCGUUACUUAGAAACUUUGCUUCUAGUAGAGUUUUUCAUGUACUGUUGCAAGAUAGAAGCAGCCUGGAAGCUGGAAAGGUUCAGUAUGAAAAUCCAUCUGUCCAGUUUCUGUAUGAGAAUGUAAUUGAUUGGCUGAAGGAAGAUGGCAGAAAAGAGACUGACUUCUUGGUGGAUAUUUUAUAUAGCGUCCUGUAUUGCUGCAGCAGUGCCACGGAGAGAGAAAACAUUCUUAAUGACCUAACAAAGAUGGAGCUAAAGUGGAAUAUUAUUCUUCAGAUAAUUCAGAAGGCAUGUUCAAGCUCAGAAAGACAUUCCCUAAGUUCUACUUGGCUUAAAGGAGAUGUGUUAGGUGAGAAGCUUGUCACUUUGGCUGAUGAUCUAUGCAACACUAGCCUGAAAACGACAGUAGUUUCAAUGGAAUCCUUUCAUUCGGAAAGAUGGACUCUACUAAGUUUGGUAUUAUCUCAACCAAUUAAAAAUGACUCCUUGAUUGGUGAAAUGUAUGUUAAAAGGAUUAUUGAUAAACUACAAACAGCACUGGCUAAAGCGAAGGAUCUUUCAGAAGCUGGAAAUACAGAACCAUCUGUGUCUUUCAUCUGUGACAUAGCCUCUAACUUUUUCACCUCAGUUAAAGGAUGCUUGUUGAUGCCAUCAUCAGAAGACCUGUUGUUCACUAUUUUCCAGCUGUGUGCACAAAAUCAGGAUGCAACACGUUUAUCAGAUUUCCUUGUCAACAAGCUGAAGCACACUUGGUUGUGUGGCUUAACUUCACUGGUGCAUCAGCUUAGUGAUACACAUAAAGAGAGCACCUUCCUGCAGAGAUCUGCAUUUUGGGUCAAGAACCAGCUUCAGUCUUCAGCGUUAGAUCUCAAAAGUUUGCAGGUUUUGAUUUCUGCAGUCAAUGACUUGUUGACUCAGCUAUUACAAACUGAUGAAGUUUCUGCUUCUGUUCUGAAAGAUUAUCUUGAAUGGCUCACUCCAAGCAAGACUGAAUGGGAAAGGAUGCGAGACUGCCUGUCUAAUGAGUGGAUCAGGAAGCCCCUUUUGGAAGGAAGACUGAGCAUGAAUUGUGAGAUAACAGGAACAGAUCGAAAGCAUUGUGCCAUGACUAAACUUCCAAGCCAUUUGUGUACAGCAACUCUGUUAAGUAAAACGGUGCAGUUGAUAUUGGAAAAAGAGGUGGUGUUUGAAAACCCAGAAGUGGAAAGAAAUAAAUUUGAAAAUAUCAUUGCAGAAUAUCUGUAUGCUUUACAGUGGAUUGAAGAACUAGCAAACCCAUCUUGCCAACUCCUUGAAUUUCUUCACCACCUACAAAUAGAGAAUAUUUCAUACGGGAAGUUACAUACAUUCAGUAAUAUCACUUGCCUCUUACAGAUAUUAUUUGAAAGAUCAAAAGAGAAUGGAAGACUUUGGGCUUUGACCAUGGCUAAAUUGUUAAAUACAGAGAGCAUUUCGUCCUCUGAGAUAAAAGCACUUUUUGUUACAGCAGAAAGGUUUUUUCCAUUAACAGAGGGAAACUUACACACACUUCAGAAUCUGUCUCCAUUUUUAUCUGAGGAAGAUAACAAAGAGCUUGUUGUUUACUGCACUUCUAAAUUAAUGGAAUGUGACAGAAGUGGACUUCUUAGUAUUGAUGGAGCUUUUGCAAAUCUUGCUAUUAUAAAUUCUUGUUUGAAUUCUGGAAGCAUUGGUUAUGGAGAACAAAUUUCUGAGAUACUAAAAACCAUCAUAUCUUGGCGAAAUGACUACGAGGACAAUUUUCUUUUCAGCUGCAAUCUACAAGAAGGAAAACCACCGUUGCUUGGCUUUAAUAUUGAGGUGAUCCGUUUUAUAUCUCUGUUGCUGAACAAUCCUCCUGCCUUGCUAGAGAGUGAGUGGGAUUUUGUCAUGUGUUCAAUGCUGGCAUGCUUAGAGACAACGAGUGAAAGCCAGGCAGUGUUUCCCCAGGCGCUCGUGCAAGUGUUUGCCUGUGCCAGCUGUGACUUGAGUUUUGCCUUGAGUGCCUAUUUUCAGGCAGCGACUCCUGAAAUCAUCGAAAAACUUCCAACAAACCUCAUGACUGAAUGGCAGGAAUUCUUUUCUGAAGGCAUCCAUAGUUUACUUUUACCAUUGCUGGUUAAAAUCACAAGAAAGGAAAAAGAUACACUGGAAACAUCAUUUCAGAGCUCCAUGUUGAAAUCCUUGGGCAAAGCUUUAACGUAUAUAUCAAAGGAUCAGUUAUUGAACAAUAAACUUCCUGCCAAAUUUGUGGCUGGACAGAAGACCAACCUCCCUGACAAACUACAAACUUUGUUAAAUACACUUUUUCCACUACUGCUGUUUAGAUCUAGACCUGUUCAAAUCACAGUAUACCAGAUGUUAAAUAAGUUGAUGUGUGAAUUACCUAAAUUUGAUGAUGUGGAUCUCAAAUCCUAUGGAGAUGAAGAGGAGGAACUCUUAUUGUCGCCACCAGCAGCUCUUAUGAAUGUUCUCACCACUCAGGAAGACUUACUAGAAAACAUCCUAGACUGCAUCCCAGUUGGAGAGUUUGCAGUUAUUCAGCCACUGAGUGAAGAAUUUUGCCUUAUUUUAGGAUAUCUCCUCACCUGGAAAUUAAUGCUCAUUUUCUUCAAAGCAGCAUCUUCUCAGCUGCGGGCUCUCUAUUCGCAAUACCUUCGAAGAAGCAAGAGUUUGAAUAAAUUAUUAUAUCACCUGUUCAGGCUUAUGCCAGAAAACCCAACCUUACCAGCAUCAGCAACUGAACUUCCAAAUAAGGAUGCAAAAACAUACUUUACAGAAGAGCUUGAUUUAGACAUUAAAGAUUCACCAGGACUGUCGUCACAAAUCCCACAUCUGGCUUGCUCUGUUUACUGUAUGACAUUGAAAGAUUUGCCAGCCAUGGUUCGCCUUUGGUGGAAUAGCUGUGAGAAACGAGUCUUCAACGUUGUAGAUAAAUUUACAAGCAAAUAUGUCAGCAAUGUACUUUCAUCACAAGAAAUAUCUUCAGUGCAGACUAGUACGCAAUUGUUUAAUGGCAUGAUGGUAAAAGCUCGAUCAGCUACUCGAGAAGUCAUUGCUACCUACUCAGUUGAUGAUAUAUUCAUUGAACUGAUCAUACAGUUGCCUCCUAACUACCCUUUGGGCUCCAUCGUCGUUGAGAGUGGAAAGAGAGUUGGGGUAGCAGUUCAGCAGUGGCGCAACUGGAUGCUGCAACUCAGCACAUACCUCACUCACCAAAAUGGAAGUAUCAUGGAAGGUUUAGCAUUAUGGAAAAACAAUGUGGAUAAACGUUUUGAGGGAGUUGAAGAUUGCAUGAUUUGUUUCUCGGUCAUCCAUGGCUCUAACUAUUCUCUCCCUAAAACAGCUUGCAGAACGUGCAAGAAAAAGUUCCAUUCAGCUUGUCUGUACAAAUGGUUUACAUCUAGUAACAAGUCCACAUGUCCACUCUGCCGAGAGACCUUCUUCUGACGUAUUAUCUUCUCUGUUUUAGAGAGCAGACAAUAAUCACAGCAGGAUUUAGCGGUGAAAGAAGCUAAUUUAGGUUUAGCUGUAUUUACAAAUAAAAUUUUAAGUUGAUUGAUAAGUCUGAUUUAAAA